UUCUUACAGACGAACGGCAAGUUGUGAACGGCAGCCGUCGCCACCUAUCGACGACAGUCGUCAACGCGUCGGCGGCAGCAGUCAAUACGUCGACGGCUGCCGCCGGCAGGCGACCACGGCUGCCGUCGACAGGCGACAACGCUUGCCGCGAGUGCCGCAUACUAGCAGUCUUGGUCGGCUUGUACAGGAGCCAGUUGCAAAAUGGCGUCCGAUGAAGAAACAUUGUUAUUGCUUUUACUCCGCCAUCGCCGACGACAACGAAAAAGAAAGACACGUUCAGUGUGGGUUGAAGAAAUAUUAAUGUAUAGAGAACAAGAGGGAGAUUUUUAUACACUGUAUCCACGUUUGCGAAGGUCCGAAAAAAAUUUUUUCAAUUACUUUCGAAUGUCAAUCGCUUCUUUUGAUGAGUUGACAUCUAUUUUGAAACUUUCAAUAUCUCGCCAAGACACUGUGAUGCGAAAAAGUAUACCAGCUGAGCAAAGACUCGCUAUGACAUUAAGGAUGUGUUGUAGUGGAGUACGCAUAAAAGCAAUAACAAUGUUUCUUCAUCGGACGCCAUUUUGCAACUGGCUCCUGUACAAGCCGACCAAGACUGCUAGUAUGCGGCACUCGCGGCAAGCGUUGUCGCCUGUCGACGGCAGCCGUGGUCGCCUGCCGGCGGCAGCCGUCGAAGUAUUGACUGCUGCCGUCGACGCGUUGACGACUGUCGUCGACAGGUGGCGACGGCUGCCGUCGACAGGUGGCGACGGCUGCCGUUCACAACUUGCCGUUCGUCUGUAAGAACCCUUAGUGUAAUUUAGAACAAUUCGUCGCAAACAAUAUGGCAAUAAACUAUAUAUAUAUAUAUAUAUAUAUAUAGUAUAUAAUAAACUAUAUAUAUAAUAUUAAUAAUUUGUUAUUUGA